AUGGAGAAACGAGGACCAUGCCACCGAUUCACUGAGCAUUUGUAUCAUUUGCAGCUUAUGUUGAGUGACAUUGUGAUUUCUGUUGAGACAGCGGCAAGACAAGCAGAGGAAAGAGGUCACUCACUUAUUGACGAGAUACGCAUUCUCAUGGUACAUGGAUUGUUGCAUUUAUUAGGAUUUGAUCAUGAGGUUAGUGAAGAGGCCGAACUGGAAAUGGAGAAGGAGGAGGAGCUUCUAUUAAAGAGCCUUGGGUGGAAGGGGAAAGGAUUAAUUCAGAGUGCACAUGAUGCUGAAACCCAUGUUAAUUCUCAUGAGGAAAAACCAGAUGGUGAAUUGUUAAAAGACAGGAAGAGAGAAGGCAGCCUGCGAUUUUAUAAACCAAAGUUCAAAUAUAUUUUCUGCGAUAUGGAUGGCACCCUUCUCAACAGCAAAAGUCAAAUUAGUUCAACAACUGUGAAAGCUCUCAAAGAGGUCUCAUCAAGGGGUGUGAAAGUAGUGAUAGCUACCGGAAAAUCUCGUUCAGCCGUGAUAAACAUUUUUAAGGAGGUAGAUUUAGCUGGAAAAGAUGGCAUUGUUUCAGAAUUUUCUCCUGGGGUUUUCUUGCAGGGAUUGCUUGUUUAUGGUAAACAAGGUCAGGAAAUCUUUAGAAAGAAUUUAGAUCCAAGUGUCUGCAGAGAGGCAUGUCUUUACUCAUUGGAGAAUAAGGUUCCUCUUAUUGCGUUUGGCAAGGAUCGUUGCUUAUCUCUAUUUGAUCAUCCAUCUGUUGACUCGCUGCAUACAGUAUAUAAUGAGCCAAAGGCGGAAAUCAUGCCUUCAGUUGAGCAUCUCUUGGCUGAUGCUGACAUACAGAAAGUACUCUUCUUGGACACUCCUGAGGUAGUGGCUACCACUUUAAGGCCAUACUGGUCACAAGCAACUGGAGAUCGUGCGAAAGUUGUUCAAGCUGUACCAGGUCACCUUGAAAUUGUUCCCGCAGGAACCUCAAAAGGGAGUGGAGUAAACAUGCUACUUGAUCAUUUGGGAAUCACUCCAAAGGAGCCUCUAAUGGGAGUUAGUCGUAUACCUUUACUUGACCGCAUUAGGGUUAUUACCACCAGUUGGGAAUACAGGCAUCCCUAG